AUGAGCUCUCUUGUUACUAACGUCACUGAGGCGGUGAAGGAAGUCUGCAGUAGGGAAGUGCUCUUGCCGAGAUGGCUGGAGAUUGCUAAGCAGGAGAAAUUACUCGAUGAGAAAGAGUGCAAAUUAUGGGAGUCUCAGAAGCAGCAGGAGGUGAUGUUGAGUCGCUUGCCAGGGGGAGGCUGGGGAGCAAAAGCAAAGUGCUAUCAGCACGUUGGUGUGGAUCAGCUCAAGAAACCAUUAUUUGAUCUCAAACUUUCCCCUACUACUGUGAAGAAUUUGGCGAGCGCCCGAACGUGUGUGGAAGCCCUCACUGAAUUCGCACCUGAGGGGGUGCUUACGGUUCCGCAUGCACUUAGUUAUAUAUGUCAUGUGAACCUACCUGUUAAUGGUAAAGUACAGUGGCAGACGCAAGUUCGCACUUCGGGAAGUACCUGCAGUCUCGAGAGCCUCAACCCGGUCCCUGCUGGAGAUAGUAAACCUCGAGUUCAAAUAACGCGAGAAGUUUACUCGUCACCAGCAAGGACAAACUUUUUAUUUACUGCUAUGCUGCAGUGCCCAUCUGAGAGCGGGGCUCGUCGAGUUACCAUUCCUUCUGCAAAAGUGACGAAGUUAGAACAUAACAUUCGCUGGUUCUGCGGCUCGGUGCUGGCGCAGUUCCUGGUGGAAGGCCGCUUCCCCCCUGAGGUUACUCCCGAUGGUUUUAUACACGACAUGUGUGAAGCGAAAGAGUAUAGGAACAUGACCAUUGACGAGUUAGCAGGGGAGAAGCGUAGACGGCAAAAAAUGAAGGCAAUUCAGGAGGAGUAUAUGGAGGAGCUGAGGGAGCGGUAUAAGAACGGGUUGUUGUGA